UACCUCAGUUCAGUUCACAGUCUCCGGGCGAGAGAGUCCGAUCGGUUGUGUUGUGUUGUUCGGUGGCAGAGUUCAGUUUCAGUUGCUUGGCGGUUCGUCAUCAGCGCGGUUCAUGAAUCGGCAUCGAAUCGGGCUUUAGCCAUCUGCGUCUCCGGCUAAAAUCAUAAAUAUAUCUACAUACAGAGACUGGUGGCCCCCCUCCUUGUACAUACAUAUCUAUAGAUAUAUACAAUAUACCAUAUAUAUAUAUAUGUAUUUAGGCCCAGUUAGUUAGUGGUUGUUGGUGCAUUUUCCCAAGAGUGUUGUUUUUUGAAAAGUCCGCCAGUCCGCCAGUCUGCUAACCCGAUAGCGGUUUGUAUCUUGUGAAAUGUCGCGGAGCCCUUGAUAUUCGUAGCUCAUUAGUGGUCUGCAAACUAAGCCGCAGUUUGGAAAUUAGAAUUCCAAUUAGAAAACAAGUGUAACAGAGUGUGUGUGUGGGCCAAGAGGUGACCCAAGAGUGCCAAAAUCAAAUCUACGAUUGCCAAAUCGUGGACAAAAAAUGUGGGUUAGGGUCUGAGCUAGAAAAAAAAUAGUAAAUUCUGACAACAAGUAGACGCAAAUUCACACAUGCCCGGUGCACAAAUGAAUUUAUGGUUGGAACUGUAACUGGGCGGAAUGCUAGGCCCGGGCCACAUCCACCUCCACUACCAGCAGCGCCAUCAUCGCCAUCAGCUUCAGUAGAACCACCAGCAGCAGUAGCAAGUAGCAACCCCAGCAACCACCAACAGACCAACCGACCCACCGAACCACCGACAAAGGGAAAAAACUAACGGAAUAAUGCAACAUUAAGCAAAAUGCUGCUGGCCCUGCUAAAGCAAAGCUCCAAAAGACAACAACAGAAAAAGCAACAAUAUUUUCAACCUGCCACCACCGACAUCAACAUCAGCAACAGCAACAGCAACAGCAACUGCAACAGCAACAGAUACAACAGCAACAUCAACGUCACCGUUACCACGAACGUCGCCGUAUAAAAAUGGAACCCUCAUAUGAUCACGAACAUCCACAUCAUCUGCUAACAAAUUACAACUCGAAAAAGUACCCGCACGUUUCGCGCACUCCGGAGUACAGCCACUCGACUGGCAGCGACUAUCCGGAGCACGGCGGCUACUUGACGGACAGCCACGGCCGGCUGAUGCACGAGACCACCAACGAUGCCGGGGGCCUCUACCACGUCCGGCAGGGCAGCGAGCACUCCUCGCCCAGCCUCCACUCCCCAGCCAUACAGAGCGCCGGAUACGAGAACGAGCACUCCCUCGGCGAGGCCGUUCUCUCCGUGCACAGCCACAGCCACUCGCCCAUGCCGCCGAUGGUCUCGUCCAGCGCCUAUGUGGGCGGAGGCACUGCCUCCGGUUCGCUGAUCAGCAGCAAUAUCCCGCUUCUGGGCACCGGCGGCACUUCGGUGCUGAAUAAGUUCUUGUCGCAUCCGCAUCCGGGCCUGGUCAGCGGUGGAACCAUUACCACAACGGGAUCCAUGGAGGAUUGUGAGCCGGGAUCAAUGUGGAGCUAUGACUACAAGGGCGACCUCUGUGCCCCCAACUGUGGCUAUCUGGAGCGGCACAAGCCCCUGCCCGGCGACCUCAAGUACCGACCCAGCGGCGGAACCCAGUCAAAAAGUGCCAAAGAGUCGCGCAUCCGCCGGCCGAUGAACGCGUUCAUGGUCUGGGCCAAGAUCGAGCGCAAGAAGCUGGCCGACGAGAAUCCCGACCUGCAUAAUGCCGACCUCAGCAAGAUGUUGGGCAAAAAAUGGCGUUCCCUGACGCCCCAAGAUCGAAGGCCGUACGUAGAGGAGGCAGAGCGUCUCCGGGUUAUCCAUAUGACGGAACAUCCCAACUACAAGUACAGGCCACGAAGACGCAAACAGUCCAAGCUGCGCACCCUCCAGCCGGGUGGCAAGGAGCAGAGCGAAAACUCACCCAACCCUGUGGGCGGUGGAGGAACCAAGUCGAGUUCCAAGCUGAGCACCCCGCCAUUGGCAACAGCAUCGUCCAGUUACACCACGCCCACCACCGACGAGAGCACCUGCAACUCCACGAACCAGAAUCCGAAUCAGGUCUCAGCGGGCGGCCUGUAUGAGCAGCCCCUGAAACCCACAUAUUCGCCCAGCUCCGUGGACUGCUACAGCAAUGCGGACAGUUCCGAGCAGAUCGAGUCCUUGGCCGCCAAUUGUCCACCCGCAUUGCUCAACGAAUCGUCGCCGGGAACGGGUGGCAGCUACGACAGCUCCUUGUUGCUGAAGAAACUAACGAAGCCGCCGCCCUCCAGUCGAGCGACCAAGGCACGCCAGGAUAAGCUCUCCAAGUCCUCGGAGGAGGCCAAGGUUAAAGGUCAGCCUCAGCCACAACAGGGCCUGUACACCGGCAGCUAUCCACUGGCCCCCACAUCCGUGGCCGUGGUGGCGGCCAGGGGGAUGUACGUGACCUGCAACAAUCGAGGACUGCUCGAUCACGGACACUCCGUCAAGGGCACCUUCUAUCCGCCCGUGUCCGUUUCCGAGGACGAUGGUGGCGCCUCCAUGCGGAGCAGUGUCGGAGUAUUGCAGCAACAUUGCAAUAGCCUCACUGCGCCCUCCAGCUCCUCCGCCGGACCCACGCCCACCACGUCCGAGAUGGGCAGCUACGCCGUAACCAUGGCGGACAAUUGCGGCAAUCUGCGGCUCAGCAUGAACGAGCUGUCGUCCUCCGCCAAUGAGUAUCUGCCCAGCGCCAAUGCCUACGGGAUGCAGUACGAAGACUUUCUGCGCUACCAGAGCAACGACCUGGACUACUCCACCUCCAAUGAGCAGCACAAGGAUCCGACGCCGGAGAAGUGUCUCAAGUACCCGGACACAAAUCACAAUUACGACGACUAUGAGGCGGAGACCUACAACAACGCCAUGCUCCCGGCUACGGCGGCCAGCUACUACAGCCAGCUUCCGUACGCACCCACCUCGCUGGCCGCCUUUCCGCUCCAGCUGGCAGUGCCGUUCCAGCAGACCACGGCCGGCGGCUUCGGAGCCCAGCCCAUGCAGGGUGGAUAUCUGCACUACGGGAACUACGGCGGCUACGAGGGCAUGGCCCAGGGUCAGACUCAAAACCAAAUCCAAGUCCAGGCGCCACUGCAGCAGCAGGUGUCACAUUCCGCUCCGCCCGCCCUGUCCUCCAUUCAGACGGUGGCCUCCUCGAACUCCUCGGGAGUGGGAGCCAUGCAGCAGCACCAUCCCUUCGGACCUGUUGGCACCGGGAUGGUGGGAGUGGGCGUGGGCGAGAUGCUGUUCGAGCAGCAGCAGCGCAAGGACGACGAGAUUAGCAACAUUCUGGCAGGAGUCCGCAAAACCUGCUACAGCAACUGACUCCGGAUCAGAGACACAUAUGUAUGUAGUUUUGAUAACUAGAGCUUAGAGAGUGGUUUAGGUAGUCCUAAGUUUGAACCCCCUCCCCAAGAAUUCUCCCUCAAUGUUCUUCCAUCCCGACUAGAGUCCUAGCGCCUAGAUCCUAGAAAAUGUACAAUGUGUAGAAACUAAAUGAAAAUAUAUUGAAAUUCAAAAAGAAAGAACGAAAUAAAGUAAAUCCUAAGCAAUCGAA